UUUCACUUCGGCGGUGGGCCUGUUGGUGUGCUUUCGUGUUGUCAGGCAGAAAGACAAACAUCAGACAACCCGGGGCGGCGUGGGACCUGCUCGGAUAACCACAUUUACCCCCCACCCCGCCAGUCGGUCUUUUGUAUUUGUAAUAUUAUUAUUUACAUUUAUUCGUUUACCUAGCAAUGUCGCUUGGGUGCGAGUCUGGCUUCUCGAGCGAGGAGGUGUUAAACAGCCGCUUCCCUCUCCACCGGGCGUGCAGGGAUGGAGAUGUCGGCGCCUUGUGCUCCUUCCUUCAGACCACCGCCAACCCGGCCGACCUCAACGUGGAGGACACCUUCUACGGCUGGACGCCUAUACACUGGGCAGCUCAUUUCGGAAAGCUGGAGUGCGUGAUGCAUCUGGUACAAGUGGGCUGCGGCGUCAACGUUGUGACCUCCAAGUUUGCCCAGACGCCCACUCACAUUUCAGCGUUUGGAGGACAUCCCCAGUGCUUGUUAUGGCUCCUACAAGCCGGCGCAGACAUUAAUAGACAGGACUAUGUGGGCGAGACGCCCAUCCACAAGGCUGCACGUGCGGGCAGUCUGGAGUGCAUCAACGCUCUCUUGGUGCAGGGAGCAAAAGCUGACAAACGUGCAGUAAAUCCCACUGACACUCAACGUUUCCCGUUGUGCAGAGUGAGGAAUGCCAGCGGGCUGACCGCCGCCGACCUGGCCCACGCGCAGGGCUUCCAGGAGUGCGCCGAGCUUCUCUCCAAUGCCCAGAACUUCCAACAAAACAUGGCUCAGUUCCAUAACGGAGACUUUCUCAAUGGCACCAGCCAGAAUGGGGGGCACACUCAGCCCACUACCCAGGGCCGUAGCCUCUUCAAGGGCAUACCCAACAGAAAGAGGUCAUUCGAUGACCAGGAAGUCAACCCAGUGAAGAAGGCGAGACCUAACGGUCUGGGCAUGCUGCUUGAAUUGCAGAACGGUAACGGGCCAGUUGCUGGUGCUGGAGAGUCCCCAAUGGAAAGCAUGGAGUUGGAGUCUUCUGUGAGCACAGGUGGGCCAGGACCCUUUGCAUUGGGGCCAAACGGGGUGGCGCCGGCGAACGGGCUGGGGCCCAUGGAUCAGUGGGAGGACCAGGGGGGACGGGCUAUGUCCAGCUCAGCAACUAAAGAGCUGGAGGUCUUCAAUGUGGCGUCCAUGCAGACGCCUUGUCGCUGCACCAACUCUUACGCUUAUUUGUAGAGAGGCUGUGUGUGUGGUGGCACACUCAAAAAUUGUAUUUCACAUUGGUGUUGUGUAUACAUUUUGCUAUUGUCAAGCUAUGAUUUAUUUGUUGGCGACUUAUAUGCAAAAAGACAAAUGUUAAAAAAAAAAGGCUAUAGCAGUGUGUGUAAGCUUUUCUACUCUCCUAUGUACCUGAUUCCACUCAAAAUUAUAUUUAAGGCCUUUGUCCAGUUAUACUAAAAGGUUUAUUGUAAAAAAAACAACAACUUAUUUUACACAAUUUUAUAGGACAUUUCCAGAUAACAGAAUUAUUUGUAUUUCUCCGUCUAGUUGGUUGAACAGUGUAAACGGAGUACUGUUCUUGGUUAUUAUUUUUAAUUACAAUUUGUUGUAUGCUUUUGCGUGUUGUGGCUAAAGCUAAAUGUGUUGGGAAAUGUGCAGUGUUCAUUUUCAAUGUUUAAGGGAAACUUCAUUUUUUGUAUUAAUAUCCAUGAGAUGUAAUCUAAAUUGGAUCAUAUCAUGCCCCCCCCCCCGCCCCUUUCUUUCUUCCUCCCUUUGCUGAAUCUGCUGUAGAACAUUUCUUGUCGAUUUGUCUUUCAUGAAGGUAUUAACUGCCCCUAGUUGAUGUAGUUAAGUCAUUCAACCUGCCUCAUGCCAAAGCAAAUCCCAACAUGAAUGUAGCUCAUAGUGGUAUAAAUCAUUCACAGCGCAGCUUUUCUACCGACUUUUACAGCUUGUAAAUGUACCAAAUUAAGACUUAGUACAGUGGUACCUCAAAGGUCGAUGACAAUCUAUCCAUGAUGCUGGUUGAACUUCCUUUCCCCAUUAAAAUGAAUUGUAUUUCAAAAUAAUUUGUUCCAGAGUCCAAACUGUUGCCACCAUAAAACCUUGAGUACUGUACAGGCCAUGUUUUAAGUAACAUUUUAACAUCAUUGAUUGUCGUAUAAGUAUAAACAAGUGACAAGUAUGUGGCAGCUAACCAGUUAGAAACUACAGCGAGAAGCUAACAUAGCAGUCUACAUCUUCACUUUUUUUCCCCUGAAUAGCACAAAUGGAUAGAUUCAAUUACACAACACCAGGUCGAGAAUGUCCAACUCAAAAUCCGUUGCUCCCAAAAUGUUUGCCAGUAACCGCUCCCACUGAAACUCUUAUGAAAUCCACAGGAAUGGGAAUUAUUAAAAACAAGAAGUAGAAACUCCUAAACAUGGCUGAACAAACGCAACACUUCUGCGUCCAAUCCACAUGACUACAACCAUCACUUCAGAUGUCAUGGCACCAGGUUAAUCUUUCGAUGCUAGCUAAAAUGAGGUCUAAUGUUGGUCAAACUCCCAAUUUUCUCGGCCCUUUUUGCCAUUCGUCUUAGGAGUUACCACUGUACUACAUUUACUUUUUUAGAAUGAUGUUGCUCGAGUAUGAUGAAUGUCCAUUCUGUUAGCAGUGUUGCAUAUUACAUAUUCUAUAAUAAUGUUCAUUUAAAAAAAAAAAAAAACAAAAACGGUGAAGGUAAUUUUAUAAUCUGUUAGUUAGCUGCCUAAAAAAGUUUGCAUUGGAUUAUACAGUUUGCAAAAACAAAACAAAAAGCCUUAUUACUUGAGCUAGUAGUGGAACAAAUGUGCUUAAAUUGUAUUUUAAUUACAACCCUAAUUCCAAUAAAGUUGGGACGUUGUUUUAAACAAAUAAAAACAGAAUACAACGAUUUACAAAUCAUGUUCAACCUAUAUUUAAUUGAAUGCAUUUAAUUUUGAUGCAGUGCCGCCUGAGGGAUCGAAGGUCACGGGCAUUCAGUGUUGGUUUUGGGCCUUGCCGCUUACAUGCAGUGAUUUCUCCAGAUUCUCUCAACCUUUUGAUGGUAUUAUGGACCGUAGAUGAUGAAAUCCCGAAAUUCCUUGCAAUUCUACGUUGAGGAACAUUGUCCUUAAAUUGUUCGACUAUUUUCUCACGCACUUGUUCACAAAGAGGCGAACCUCGCCCCAUCUUGCAGCCAUAAAAUUCUAAGUGAAUGAUUAUUUGCUAAAAACAAUCACGUUUAUCAGUUUGAACAUGAAAUAUCUUGCCUUAAAUAUAGGUUGAACAUGAUUUGCAAAUCAUUGUAUUCUGUUUUUAUUUAUGUUUAACACGACGUCCCAACUUCAUUGGAGUUGGGGUUGUAGUAUGGGAUUUUUUGGGGGCGCGGGGGGUACUAGUACAUGAAAGUUAGAGGUGAUCUGCGAGUGUGUGUGUCUGUGUGUGUGUCACUGUUGAGCAGGUGUAGCUUUGUAAUUAAUGAUGUCCAAUCAUUAAAUGUUGAUCCAUUUAUA